CUCGAGCGACACAGCACGCGUGGAAAAUGGGACGAUGUCAGGUCGUCUGAGAACGAUGCGCCUCAUCAUCGACUUGUUCAUUCUGGGAACUGCCGGCGCUGCGUUCAUUUCGCGGCAUCUCGCCACAGGACUACUCGCCAGACGCUCGCCCAGACACGUCACUGCGCGGCGGACGCUGCACGUAAGAGCAACCAGACAGAACAGAAACGUGGCGCCAGCUGACUGUCCUGUGGUGUCGUUACUUGCGGCAGGAUGACCAAGAAGAGCGGCCGUGGUAUUUGGUGGAUCGGGAGGCGCGGGUUUUCAUCGGUGAAGUGCAGUGCGGGCUUGGCUACGAUGCCCAAUGGAUACAUCCUGUACACCCGCCGCUGAUUCUCUACGCGAUUGGCUGGCCGGAUGAUUGGUCUCGGUUGAAGGAAAAGUACUCGAGCCACCUGAUCCAGACAAGCCCCGGUGACGAGGACGAGAUGACGAGUCUUGUGGCACACAAGGGCUUCGACAUGAGGACCAUCAAGGACGAUUGGAACUCUGGCCGGCUGCAGGAGCAGAUUGAGUUGAUGAUGCUGAUGAAGAAAAAGAUGAGGGGAUGGGCCUACAACACGGAGAGGGGCGGAGGGCAGUGGGAAUACGAGAAUAUGGACAUCCAAGCGGCGUGCUUUAUCACUGGAGGACCGGAGGUCUUCAAUUUUCCAUGGGGAGAGGAGGCCUUGAAUAUCACAUGGGGAGAGGAGGCCUUCGAUAUCACAUUGGGAGAGGAGGCCUUCAAGAGGUGGAUCGGCAACAAGGCUGAGGACGAGGCAAUGAAUGAGGCGCUCCAGUACCUAAGCGACAUGAACGUCUCCCUUUUCUACUACAGCAGCAGCCUGCUGGGCAUGAGCACCUAUAUGCAGACUGGGGCAAGUCUAAAGAAAAGGCUGAAUGAGACCGGCCGGCAGAGAGACGAGUAUGAGCAGUGGGUUGCUGAGAGGUCAACGACCGAUGACUUUCAGCAGUGGCGCGCCGAGAGAGCUAAGAGAAGAAAGAGAGAGCGCGAGGAGUUGGACGAGAGAGCAGAGAAAGUGAUGGCCGUUCAGUCAAUGUCAGGAACUGGGGCAGAGAAGGCGGCAUUGAAGGAGCUGCGCCGCUGGGAACGGGCAGCGGAAGAAGAGGCGGAAAAGAAGAAAAAGAAGCAACAGGUACAACAGGCAGCGAAAGCGGUGGAGAAAGAGGAAGAGCUCCGAGUGCAGGAGAUCAGAGAGCUACGUGAGGAGCUAAUAAAUGCCAGGAGGAGUUUCACUGUCCUUAAGGUUGUAGUGGGGUGUGCUCAGCGCAUUGAUAACUGGUUCCACUAGAGUGUGCUCGGCACACCGAUGACUGGUUGUAGUUGGUUAUCGGUUAUUGUGUUUAGCACUAAGUGCCUUCUCAC